UGUAGUGAGUGACCUAAUACAAUUUGGGAUAAAACAGGCUCCCUGGAAUAAUUUUUAAUAAUGGAGGAAACGAAACCUCUUUUAAAAGAACAUGAUAAAUCAAUCGGAAGUUUUGGUACUCAAUUACGGGUAGUGGUUUAUGUGAUGAUUUAUGGUUGUGCAUGUGAAACGUCAGGCCAAGCUGAACCACAGUAUAUAUAUGCGUAUUUAAAAAGUGUUACAAAUGCUACCGACUUCAAAGCAGCUAAUGAUUCUCUACAAGCAACAAAGACAUGUCUUCUCAACACAACAUCAGCUUCUGAUGACAAUAUACAAGGUUUAACAUCAAAUUGGUCGUGGUAUAUUUCUUUAGCACAGGCUGGAUUUGCACUUCCGGUUUUAAUGUUUGUAGGUCCAAUGGCGGAUAAAAUUGGACGAAAACCUCUCAUUCUUUGGAAUGUUUUGUUAGUAUGUAUAUCACUUGCUUUAAAAACAUUAAUUGUUUACAUGAACUUUCAUUUAUACUACUAUGUUAUUGCUUGUGGAAUUCUUGGUUUAUCCGGAAAUUUUUACGUUUUUCAUUUAGCCAAUAUUGCAAUUUUGGCAGAUUGCACAUCAGAUGGUAAAGAAAGAUCUUUCGUUCUUGUUAUUUAUGAAGCACUUCUAGGACUCGGGAUUGCCUGCUCUCAAGUAGGUACUGGAUAUUUGAUACAACUUGUUGGUUUUUCUUACCCAUAUCUUAUAUCAUCAGGACUAAUGCUCUCUCUACUAGUCUUAAUCACCAUUACUCUUAAAGAUCCGUGGAAACCACAAGAAAUUACCUCAACACUCCGUUUCCGCGAAAUUCCAGGACAGCUGUUCACAUUAUGGAAAUCGUCAAAACAAAAUAGCAAACAUUACAUCAGAUUUCUAAUAUUAUAUUUUGUUGUGUACUGUCUUUAUUACUUGCCCAUGAAUGGUGCUUUCUCGAUAAGAACAAUUUAUAUCUUAGGCGAACCUUUUUGUUGGACUUCAGAACAUAUUGGAUGGUACAACACUAUAACCAAUUGUACAGUAUAUAUUUUCGGCGGUGUUGUGAUCAAAUGUCUACACGUAUGCUGUGUUCGUCUAAAAGAUGACGUGAUUUCAAUUUUUUGUAUGCUAUCUGGUGUAGCAUGUUUUGUUCUGUUCGGACUAUCAAAUGAUGACUCAAUGAUUUAUAUAGGAACAGCAGUUGGUAUUCUGAGGUUUCUGCCAAUAUCUAUGAUUAAAGGUGUACUUUCUCGUUUAGUGAGUAAAGACAAGCAAGGUGUAUUAUUUUCGAAUGUAUACCUACUGGAAGCUGUCUGUUCUCUUGGCGCUGCUACUUUGUUUAACAACAUUUAUAACCAGACCAUGUCGAUAUACAACGGAUUGGUAUUUUUUGUUAUGGCUGGUGUUUCAGCAGUUGCAGUAUUUUUCCUAAUGUUCAUUUCCUGUACAAAUACACAACAUAUACGUGAUGAAAUCCUUAUAGAAAAGACUGCAAUACAGAGCACAGAGAAAACAAAGAUACUACAAUAAUUUUGAUGAACAGAAGAGCACAAUAUAUUUAAAUCAUGGUCGUACAAUUUACCGAAGAUGCGUAACUCAGGGGCUACGGUCUUAUUUGUUGUUGUUUUUGUAAUGUUGUGCAAUUUUAUAAUGUAUCAAUUUUUACAAAAAUUUAUAAUUAACCUUG